CGCACAUGGCUUGUUUUGUAUGUACAACACAAAACUACUGUCUGUCAUAUUCGCAUUAUUGAUUUACAUUCAUUAGUCAGUAGGAGUUUUAAAAUUUAAGAUAAAUAAAUAUUCAUACGCGUAAUAACCAUUAUCGUGUAAGGCUGUCAGUUCUCAGAUAAAGGAAUAUCUUGUGAUGAUGGAGAAGAUUAUUAAAAAUGUCAGCGAUAUUAAGUCCAGACUGACUGAUCACAGGCCAGUCCUGCAGGGAGAAAUCAGAUACUUCCUCAAGGAGUUUGAGGUAGAUUUGAUUUUAUUUUUAAAACAUUUUAUUUUCACACUCACUGUGAUUGAAGCAGUGAAGCAUGUGGCUCAGAGAAUCCAGCAGAGAGAGCUAGAAUCUGAACAGAUUCUUGUCUGGUGUGUGUGUGUGUGUGUGUGUGAGAGAGAGAGAGAGAGAGAGGAGAGGAGAAGGCAGGACUGGGAGGACUUUCAGAAGGAGCAGUGUGCUCUGAAGGAGGAGGUGGUUGAAGAACACGCUAAAGCUGUCAGCAUGCUCAGAAGGACGAAAUGAAGAAAGACCUUCAGAAGCUUCUGAAUAUAAACCUGACUGUGUGUGCUUUUAUGUGUAGGUGUGAGUGUUAUGAAUGUGUUUUACUACUGAUUCAUAAAUGCAUUUUUUUUGGCUAUUUUCUGAUGACAUUAAAGGAACAGUU